CCCCAGCUUUUCUAGACCUUCUGCUUCCUUGUUGUGUUUCCUUUCCCCAUUCUUAUCUGUUGCCUCUCAAUUCACAAUGCUCUCCACUCUGCGUGUUGCCAGCCGUUCGGCUGUUGCUCGCGAUGCGAACAUGCGCACCGUGGUCAUCGGUGCUAGACAUGCCUCGGCCUGGGCUAAUGUGCCCCAGGGUCCUCCUGAUGCCAUUCUCGGUAUCACCGAGGCUUUCAAGGCCGACUCCUUCAAGGAGAAGAUCAACCUGGGUGUCGGUGCUUACCGCGACGACAAGGGCAAGCCUUACGUCCUGCCCUCCGUCCGCGAGGCCGAGGACAAGGUCGUUGCUUCGCGCUUCGACAAGGAGUACGCCGGUAUCACCGGUGUCCCUGCCUUCACUAACGCCGCUGCCGAGCUGGCCUACGGCAAGGACUCCUCCGCUCUGACCGAGGACCGUCUCGUCAUCACCCAGACCAUCUCCGGCACUGGUGCCCUGCGCAUCGGUGGUGCUUUCCUCAAGCGCUUCUAUCCCCACGCGAAGAAGAUCUACCUCCCCAACCCUAGCUGGGCCAACCACAAUGCCGUCUUCAAGGACUCUGGCCUCGAGGUCGAGAAGUACCGCUACUACAACAAGGACACCAUCGGUCUGGACUUCGAGGGCCUGAUCGCCGAUAUCAAGGCCGCCCCCGAGAACAGCAUCAUCCUGCUCCACGCUUGCGCUCACAAUCCCACCGGUGUCGACCCCACCCAGGAGCAGUGGCGCCAGAUCAGCGAUGUCGUCAAGGAGAAGGGCCACUUUGCCUUCUUCGACAUGGCUUACCAGGGCUUCGCCAGCGGUAACGCCGACCUGGAUGCUUUCGCUCCUCGCCACUUCGUCAAGGAGGGCCACAACAUUGCUCUGUGCCAGAGUUUCGCCAAGAACAUGGGUCUCUACGGUGAGCGUGUUGGUGCUUUCUCGCUCGUCUGCGAGAACACCGAGGAGAAGAAGCGCGUUGAGUCGCAGAUCAAGAUCCUGAUCCGUCCCUUCUACUCCAACCCCCCAUCCACGCUGAACGAGCAGUGGCUCGGUGAGGUCAAGGGCAUGGCUGACCGCAUCAUUGAGAUGCGCUCUCUGCUCCGCAAGAACCUGGAGGAGCUUGGCAGCAAGCACGACUGGUCCCACAUCACCAGCCAGAUCGGCAUGUUCGCCUACACUGGUCUGAAGCCCGAGCAGAUGGAUAUUCUCGCCAAGGAGCACUCCGUCUACGCCACCAAGGACGGCCGUAUCUCCGUCGCUGGUAUCACCUCCGGCAACGUCAAGCGCCUGGCCGAGUCCAUCUUCAAGGUUACCGGUUAA